ACCAAACAAGGCGCCGAGGAAUGUUAAUUGAAAAACAGAGCAUCAAAAUACACGAGAAAAUAUCAGUUCAGUCCUGAACAAAAAACAAGCAAAUCUCUCAUGCUCGAAAUGUCCUUAGAAGCAAAUCACUUUCAAGAGUUUCGAGUUGCAGAGAUGGCAGGGAAAAGAAAGAAGGUGGAUGGGUUUCCGCAGAUUAUCCCCCCAAGAGAAGAUGGCGAUCACAUUGAACCCGAAUCCAAAUUCGACUUGCGCAAGAGUUUGGCUUGGGAUACGGCCUUUUUCACGAGUCCAGGAAUUUUGGAUCCUGAAGAGCUGUUUGAGACCCUGAAUGUUGGGAAUUUGGAGAAUGGGGUUAACAAACCCGAGCACGGGGAACAGAGAUGUUUGCCUUCUGAGUCUUUGGACGCAGAAAGAACAAGCAGAGUUGCUGAAUGUAAUGCUCGCAGAAGCUUAGCUUGGGAUAGUGCCUUCUUCACAAGCGCAGGGUUUUUGAAUCUAGAAGAGUUGUCUAUGAUAAAUGGAGGGUUUCAGAAGUCUGAAGCUCCUAUGCUUCCUGGAAUUGAAGAAGAUUUUUGGAAGUCUGCUGACUCAAACUCUACAAUAGAUAGUGAAUUCUCCUUAGCAAGCCUCGAGAUUGAUCUUUUUGAUCAUAUGAAAACAUCACUACAGAAAUCAAGUACGGCAUCCGAUAUUGCAGCUUCAAGUUCAGAAAUGGGCGAACAGAAUUUCCAGUCUUCCAAAAUGGUGGGCUCUUCUUCUAGGACAACGAUGGGGCCUGUGCUGCCUUCGAGAAAGCAAUCUGUCAAGGUACAUGGUAAAGAGAAGAUGGCGAAAGAACGCCUGCAGGCUCCUGCUCGAAAUGGAGAAUAUAAUUCUUCCUCCUCUUGUAAGCCAUCAAAGACACUCAACCAGGCUGAGCCUCUGUCAAGUUUUGCCAUAAAAAAGGCUUCUUUGAGUGCGAAGACAGAGAAAGUGGAACAUAAAAUCAAAAAGGAUGCAUUUGGGAAAAACAUGUCAAGGAAACCUUGUUGUGGUGACUCAGGAAAUCGUAUUUCGUUGACACCAUCACCGAGAUCAGCUUCUUCUGGAGGGUCUGAUAGUGCUCUAUCAAAAUCCAUCAACAAAUCUCUUUCAAACUCUUUGAGAAGAAAGAACCAUUCAAGACUGGCUGCUUAUGAUUCAAGCUCGACUACUCCUUCAAGAGGGGAUUCUUUGGACAGCAAUGCUACUCAGGCACCAGACAAUGGGAGCCCUUCUUGUGAUCGAUUACCGACUGGGAGUAAAGUUAAAGAAAUGAAGUUGACAAAUCAACAUGUUGAUAGAUUGUCGAAGGGGACUGGUCCACUAACACAGACUGUUUCAGGGAGCUUAAAACCUUCAACUCUUCUAAUGCCAUCGCCAAAGACUGGAUUCUUUGAUAUGGAGAAAUCCAUUGCAUUAGAACCAGAUGGUAACCUCAAGUUCCACACAGGCUUACAAACUACCAAAAUUAGAAGCAGUGGGAGUAACCUUGAUCGUACUUCGAAUAGAGGAAAAUGCAGCAAGCUUCAGUCGGCAAGAACAUCAAUGAGGACUAAGAGAAUGAAGCCGGGCUCUCCAGAAGCUGAAGCCUCAUCUUUUGGUCCUGGCAUCAAACGUGCUUCUCCCACUGAUUUUGAAGUGAGAAGUGCCUGCCAAAAAUCUGAUCCAAAGGAAGAAGAAAAAGAAAUCGGUGGGAUAAUGGAAAACAAAAGUAGAAUGGAAAGCAAGGGAGAAGCACAUCAAAUGCUUAAGAAGCAAGAUCAGAAACAGAAUGAAGAUGUAAGCACAAAUCCUCUGAAAGAUGACCCCCAUACGGUUUGUGGCAAUGACAAGGAAAAUAUUUCCAAUUUUAGGAAUGAAGUUCAUGAUCUAACUAGACUUAUCGAAGCCAUUGAAUUCGGUAGGGAUUCGGCAAUAGAGCUAUAAAUUGGGAAGGGUACAUGUUUUUCCUUUUUUGGGGUGGUUGCGGGGGGCGGGUGGCGGGCUAUAGGUAGUCUGUUAUAGAUGGAACACUGGAAUCAUCUUUCUUAGAUGAGCUCCUUUAUGAAGGGAUUGUUAACAUCUACAAAAUCCUAGUCCAUUUCCAUUAUGUUGAAAGAGAGGUUUUUGAGUUUGCAACAGUGAUAAACUUUGCUUGGUAGAGGCUGUUUUUUUAAUUAUAAUUUCCAGCAACUAGAGGAUCUUGUUUUUAGAUUAGACGGUACAUCAGUUCCGGAUCUCUAUAAGAGCAAUAAAGCCGACAUGGUUAA